CCCGUCAUUGAAUUGUCGUACGACGAGCGCCAUAUUGCCCAAAAUUUGUUGCUAAGAAUCUAAUAUAAUAUUCGCAGUCCAGAUAUUUACACUCGAAAAUAUAAUUUCAAAGAGGUCAAGGGGAUCUCUCCCGUUUUUUUAUUUAUGUGUCUGUGAUCGAAUAACAACAGAAUUUAGGACGAUUAUUUCCAUGUUAUUACGCUGAAAACGACACAUCACUUUACGAUGAGUUCAACAUCACGACCGCAGGCUACAAAAACUAACAUGCAACAAGGCCAAUCGCCUGCAAAACCAUCACAAGUUGAAAGUACAAAUCAACUGCCCAAUGUUCAAUUCAACAACCAAUUCAACCCCAACAAUAUACCUGUGAUCAAUCCAGCCCAACAACUUCAAUUCCAAUCUCAACUAUCGAAUAUACAACAGCAGACUGCGGCGUAUAUUACGUUACAACGCCAAUUGCAGCAGCAACAGCAACAACAACAGCAACAGCAGCAGCAGCAACAACAACAACCGGUGGAAUCUCAAUUAAAAAAUCAACCAUUAACCAACGGACCGUUGGGCAACUUUCACAACCUGCCCGAGUUGCUAAACUUUUUCUUGAUGUCAAAUCCAAAUUUGAAUAUUCCAAUGCCGCAACUAAAUCCAACCCAGUCGCUUGUACAGUCACCGCUACAGACACCAAAAACAAUACCAGUAAGUCCAUCGAAAUCCGGUCAAUUGCAACAUACAUCGCCACGUUCGGCGGCAACAGGGUCACGAUCGAUUGGUGCUAACAUUACCAAUGCACAGACAGGUGAAUUGAACAAUACCACCAUUACACCGACGACACCAUCUGCCAAGCUUAUCGAACAAAAUACCGAAACACCGAAGCAAUUGCCGUCGGUGUCACCUGUUAAAAGUACGGCGUCAUUAGCUACUGUAUCAACGCCAUCAUCAACGAUAUCUGAACGUUUAUUGGACGAAGUUAAGGAACGGACAAGUGCACUCCUAGCAGCAAAAAAGAAUUCGCACGACGAUACCUCUGCACCGAGUACCAAUACAACGGCUCCGAAAGAAAUCGGUUCCAGUCCCGAGGCGACCAAAUCGCCUGUACCGCGCAGAAAGCAAACAAAUGUCAUCAGUCCGAUAAAAGCAAAUCCGACAGUAUCGCCAUCCAAUGCAACCGUUCAAUCUGAAUCCAUGACAACGCCGAAAAAAUCGGAGAAUGUUAAAAGCUCAUCACAGCCACCGUCAACGCCGGCAGCUACUGUUUCGCUGAUUUCCGUACCUACGACUCCCACUACUCCACCGAAUAAGAAGGUGGAACCGACAAAGAAGGAAGCAGUUCAAAAAUCACCGAAAAAGAGCGAAAAUGAAGUGGCGAAAACACUGUCGGUAACAGAUACUGAGAAACCAACCACAUCUUCGGCAAAAGCUGCGCCAAUCAGCAGCAAUGUACCGACACCGAACGAUGCGGAGGUAAAAUCAAAGCGGAAUCGUGUCAAGACGAAUCUAUAUCAGUCACCGACUCCCGAACUAGUAUUGGCUACGCGAAUGUCAGUGAGCGAGGCGAAUAAAAAUUCGGUCGGCCCCAAGGACAAGCUGAUCAUUUUCUUUGCCGACGAAUUUCUGGCUGUCCGAAAUGAUGAGGGCAGUUUUUUUCUGUGCCAAUGCGGUCACAACAUGUACAGAACAUCGAAAAAAUGUCGUGUUCGUUGGUUGAAUGAAGAAGACAAUAGCAACGGCACCUACAAGCUGACCUUUUACGAUAACAUCGACAAAGAGUGCAUUUUGACGUCGGUGUCGAUGGACACCGUUGCAGGCAAUAGUUACAAAUUAACGGGUAAUGAACGGGAGCGAAUUGACAACAUAUUGAAGAAAUCAAUUGACGUGGAAAAAGGAUUGCUGCCACGACCAGAAGUAACCGAAGAAAAUCCAGAUGGACUGGACAUUUCUCUGUACAAUGAUGAGUCUCAAAUUAAAACGGACGAACAAUCUCCGGCCGGUCACAAACGAAAAUCGGAAACUACGUCAAAACUGGUGUCUCCGUUAAAGAAAGCAAAGCAACAGACCAAAACAUCCAGCGAUCCAUCACCGAGUCGACGCAAAAUGAAUAGCUCGUCCAGCGUUGAAUCGUCGAAGAAAGCCAAGAAACGAACGAAACAAUCAAAAAAGAACUUACAACGGCGACCGAAUGCAGCUAAACCGGCGACGAGUCCAGAUGAAUCGAAAGCGGACGCUGGCAGAAAGAAAGUUGCCAAAACGAAAAACCAGAAGAAAUCUACUGCAUCAUCACCUGCGGCAUCAUCAACAGUUGAACCAGAAAGAACGUUGAGAAAGCGCAGUAAGAACUAAAGUCACAAAGAAUUUCUUUUGAAUUAUUAUUUUGCGUUUAUCAUUAAGUUUUACAUGCAGUGAAAUCUGCGAGACCUGAGUGUUUUUGUCGAAGGUUUUUUUUUUCUUCUUCAUUGAAGAGUUUCUUUUGUUUUUGAUUAUUACUUUCGACGCACGAAUGAAAUCUCUUUGGUAAAUGAAUUUUACAGCAAUAUUA